CUCCCGCUCAGUCGAUGCUCCGCGUGCUCCGCUGAGCUCUGUGUGACACAGCAUCUGAUUUAUAACACGGUAUCAUGGCACCGUGGCGAGGAUAAUCAAUAGUUUCCUUUUAUUCUUCUUAAUUUGCGCGAGCAGUUUAUGAGAUUUACCCUCUACGAACAUGAAGAAGAGCGACUGCCCUUUCAACAGGGCUACUGAUGCCUCUCUCCCCUGAUCGGAUGGAGGGGGAAGUUUAGGGCUAAUAUAGGCUACUUGUUAUUUUGGGCGAGGAGAAAGAAGAACGGCGGGAAGGUGCCACCAUGAAGGGACUUGUCUGAGGUGGAUUCAUCCUAGUACCCAUUUGUUGGCAUCUUAAUUAGCAUUACAUUUAAGUAGCAAAAUUAUGGCUGAGAGGGCAAGCUUCGGGGCUCAGAAGGUCUCGAGGCCACAGGGCUCACUCCCGCCAGAACCCAUCGACAUCAUUCGGACAAAAGCCAGAUCAAGAAGAGUCCGGAUCAACGUGGGUGGGCUGGUCCAUGAGGUUCUGUGGAGAACACUGGACCGACUGCCACGAACCCGUCUUGGGAAACUUAGAGACUGCAACACCCAUGAAACCUUAAUGGAGAUCUGUGAUGACUACAGUCUGAACGACAAUGAGUAUUUCUUUGAUAGGCACCCGGGUGCUUUUUCCUCCAUUUUAAACUUUUACCGGACGGGCAAGCUGCACAUGAUGGAAGAGAUGUGCGCUCUGUCUUUUGGUCAAGAGCUUGACUACUGGGGCAUUGAUGAGAUCUAUCUGGAGUCAUGCUGCCAGGCACGGUACCAUCAGAAGAAGGAGCAGAUGAAUGAAGAACUGAGGAGGGAGGCUGAAACUCUCAGAGAGAAGGAUGGAGAUCAGGUGGACACGGGAUGUUGUGCAGACAAAAGACAGAAGCUCUGGGAUUUGCUGGAGAAACCAAGUUCUUCUAUGGCCGCCAAGGUUCUGGCCAUAAUAUCAAUUCUGUUUAUUGUUCUUUCAACCAUUGCACUGUCACUCAAUACCCUGCCUGAAUUACAAGUGAUUGAUGAAUUCGGACAGUCUAAUGACAAUCCAAACCUUGCCCAUGUGGAAGCCAUUUGCAUUGCCUGGUUCACUAUGGAGUAUCUGCUUCGGUUUUUGUCUUCCCCCAACAAGUGGAAGUUCUUCAAAGGGCCUCUGAACGUCAUCGAUCUAUUGGCUAUUCUUCCCUAUUAUGUGACAAUAUUCCUAACUGAAUCCAACAAGAGCGUCCUCCAGUUCCAGAACGUGCGCAGGGUCGUUCAGAUCUUCAGAAUUAUGAGAAUUUUAAGAAUUCUGAAACUUGCGAGGCACUCUACGGGACUUCAGUCUCUUGGGUUCACCCUCAAAAGAAGCUAUAAUGAACUCGGGCUGUUGAUAUUGUUUUUAGCAAUGGGGAUCAUGAUCUUCUCGAGUCUGGUAUUCUUUGCUGAGAAAGAUGAAGAUGCUACAAAAUUCACCAGUAUUCCCGCUUCGUUCUGGUGGGCAACGAUAACCAUGACAACUGUGGGUUAUGGGGAUAUCUAUCCCCAAACGCUCCUGGGCAAAAUAGUGGGUGGUCUCUGUUGUAUUGCUGGCGUGCUAGUGAUCGCUCUCCCUAUCCCUAUUAUUGUGAAUAAUUUCUCAGAGUUCUACAAAGAACAAAAGAGACAGGAGAAGGCUAUCAAACGCAGAGAGGCGCUUGAGAGGGCCAAGAGGAACGGAAGCAUCGUGUCCAUGAACCUGAAAGAUGCCUUUGCUCGCAACAUGGAGCUAAUAGAUGUUGUGAUAGAAAAGAACGAGGAGAAAGGCUCAGACAAUCACGUUUCUCCCAGCAGGUGGAACUAUUUAAAGAGCUCAAACUCCGACUUGAGUUCCAAGCCGUGUGAAGCGAAAUAUCAAGAAAUAGGCCAGCUUGGUUCUCCAGAUGGAGGAUUCAAACAGCGUCCAAGCCCUCAACGCCUGAACGCGAAAUCCCUCGAACAAAUGUAUAACCAGAUGACGACUCCUGCACCUGUAAGCUGCGGUGGCCCUUCGGCUUCUAAAGGGGGCAGCGUUGGUAAAGAAGAAAGGAUGGAGAUGAAGGUGGUUCAGAGUGACCCUAUUCUGAAAGACAUCAGAAGCAUCUCCAGUGUCGACAGUUUCACCAGCUGCGCCACUGAUAUCAGCGAAGUCGAAAAAAGCGCACUGCUGCCCAAUAUUGCAGGAACACAGGUGAGACAUCCACGUGCGCCUCCUCCGCUCGACCUAAGCCAGAUUAGCUCUCUGGACAGGUGGCCGCAAAGCAGCCCAUCGGCAAAGAAAGCAAAGCAGCCCACAAUCAUCAAGGAGGGCCUAUAUGAGUUCGUCCAGUGCAAGCCCGAGACCACAUCACAGGGCGAGGAGAACCAAAGCUUCGAUCCCAGCGGUGAAACUGUGAGGAGCCCUCCGAGAGUAAAAGCAAAGGGACUCAAAGUGAACUUUACUGAAUCUCCAGACGAGGGCGCUUCCAACUUGAAUUUAGUCAUGACCGAUGACACAGCGACUCUGACACCCAAGCAACCAGCGUGCGACACAUCGCUGCUGGCAGGUUCUCCUCGGCACAGCCCGAGGUCGCCGGGGAAAGGCUUUGAAGGGGGCUCGGCGACAAGCUCUCCAGGUUACAACCUGUCCUCUUCUGGAAGCCAAAGAGGGAGAAACCAUGUUGAUAGAGCAGCUGUUACUCCCACUUCUCCUAAAAGCACAGGAAACUGCGCUUCACCCACGGUUGGUGCCGUUGAAGCGGAAGACAGUAUUCAAAGUGGACAAAAGGUGGACAACCACCUCCUUUCCCCUGAUAUUCUCAAGUCAUCGGGGGACGGCGGACGGCCACCGCCAUGUGAAACUAGCAUGUGAUGUACUGAUGUAUGUGGACGGAAAGGGGCAAACUGAAGUAGUGAAGAUUUUCUUCUGUCUCAAUAUUAAUUAUUAAUGGGACUGCUUUUUUUGCAGAGAUUGACUUUAUGAUCUUGAAAGAGGUCUGCUCCUGACUUUGAGAGCUUAGUGACAUUCAUUCAGAAGGUGGACGUGAAUGAACAAUACACACAGUACUCGAAUAAUAAUAACAACAUUAUUAUUUUGUAACAGCAUGACCCCUAAUGUGAAAGAUUAGUUAGCUGUGUCUUAGCUUUUGAAGCAUAAACUCAUCCAGAUAACUGAUAAUAAAAAUUGUUCACAUUGUAGCAUUUACAGCCUAUUGAGAUGUAGUAAGCACAUGGACAUUUUUAAAAGGCUGUAAUGUGUUGGAUUUAUUUGAUGGUUCUGUAAAUUGGCAGUCAGAAUUUGUCUCGACCAAAACAUGCCUUCAUUUGAUGAUUUCUGGCUGAGUGCUAUGCCUCAGUGGUAAUUUACAAUACAUGUCAUUCACAUGCAAAUGUGGAUGAAAUUCUGCUUCUAUUACAAAUGACAAGUAAUAGAAGAAAAAAUACAACAAAGAACUAUAUUAUUUUAAUAACUGUAAAUGCAUGCUGGUUUCACUGUUACACAAGUGUUUCCAAUUGCAUCAGUUUUAGUUGUAAAUGACUACAUCAAUUCUUUGUAUAAAAUGUUUAGCAUGUUUACUGCUGUGGACAACACCCCACAUCAGUAAAUUUGUGAAACUGUAUGGAAAGAUUUUUGUUGAUGUUUUUAUGUUGCCUUUAUUUCAGAAUAAGCUGAGGGAAAUACAGUACCCGAUAGCCAUUGUAAAUCAACUGCGCCCUCUGUUGGAUGAAGGAAGUGGCACUUUAUGAUACAUCAGCUGGACUUGAUGGAAAUAUUGUACAUUUAAUGAAUGUUAUUACAGGAUUCCUUUCGUAAUGUGCAAUGGCGCAGCUCUUGUACCAAAAAGGUCAAUGGAUGUCAACAGCUGGAAAUCGAGCUUUUAGCGCUUCACAGUGAAAUGUACCAUGUUUAUCAACUGUAUAUUUAACUGGCUAAAUCCAUUUAGUGUAGAAACACAACCACCCGUUUGUGUGGUGUCAAUCGUACAUUGAUUUUGAAGACGUGUUAGGCAGGAGCAACCGACCUGCUUUAAGUACUCAAAUCCGUGCCUUUUCAUAAACAGUCAUUUAUGAGAAGGCUUUAAGGUAUUUUAUUGAAAUAAUUAUUUACAGAAAAUUCUACUUUUAUAGAGAAAGAUAUGCAAAUACAAUUAAGUUCUCAGGUUUUUUAUGCAAUCUUGAUAGCCCAAAUGCCAGUUUUCCUGAAUAUUUAGAUGAUCUUUUGCAGACAUCACACCACAUUUGCAAAGGAACAACAAUGUGGGAAAAUGCAUAACAGCACACAACCAUCCCAUCUACUUGCACAAGCAGACUCAUCAGAAAUACAUCAAUGUACACAAAUGUCUCCAUUAUGUCUGCAUUCAAUCUUGUGUAUCUCAUUAAGUUCAGUUUCUAGUUUGUACAUCAGCAUGUGACAUUAGAUGUUUAUAAUUGUACAUCGUUUACUUUGAAAUAGUCUUCGGCAUUGUUCCAGAUACCUAGGAGGACCAUAAAAGAAAUGUUUGUACAGGACACUAUGAGCGCAUUCUUUAGGUGAAAGGUUCAGCAGCCCUUCAACCUUAAAGAGACCAUUAGUUAAGAAGGGGGCCUUUAAACAGCUGUUGCAUCUCUUACAGUAGAAAUGCUUCACAAUGCAUCAUAUUAGCAGGGA